CGUUAGCUUUAUUGCCCUUCAUCUCGCCGUGCUUAUCCUCGUCCCUCAAACCCAUCUGCGACUGGAAACAGCCAUCUUCACCUUGCUGUACGGCUAUGCUACAGCCAUGGGGAUUACCGAUAUCACCGGAUGUGGUCUCAUCGAGCAUACUACGCCAGCCCUGCUCUCAGAGUCCUCCUUGCUUCCCUCGGGGCUGCCUCCUUCCAACGAUCCAUCCUGUGGUGGGUAUACCUUCACAGGGCUCACCACCGCUACAUCGAUACAGACCGUGAUCCCUACAACGCCAAACGAGGACUACUAUACUCGCAUUUCGGAUGGUUGUUCUACCGCAAGGAGAUGGACACCAACAACGGGAUAGACAUCGCUGAUCUCCACAACGACCCGGUAGUAACCUGGCAGCAUCGACACUUCAACUUCAUCGGUUUCCUAGUCGGGGUUCUCCUCCCGUUCCUCAUCGUCGGACUGGGCUGGAAUGACUGGCCCGGCGCGAUCGUCUACGCCGUCAUCUUCCGCAUCUAUUACAUCUUGAAUGCCACCUUUACCGUGAACUCCCUAGCUCACUGGGCAGGCGACCAACCGUAUUCUGACGCCUACACGGCACGGAAUCACUUCAUCACAGCAAUCCUCACCCUUGGCGAAGGCUGGCACAAUUUCCACCACGAGUUCCCCUCCGACUACCGCAACGGCGUGAGAUGGUACGAUUACGAUCCCACAAAAUGGCUGAUUUGGAUCUCCGAACAGACCGGGUUCGCACUGGGCCUGAAACGAUUCAAGGACGAGAAUAUCGAACUGUCGCGCGUCCAGCAGCAGCAGAAAGUGCUGAACAGGAGAGAGGCGGGGUUGGAUAUCGGACCGCCGCUUCAUACGCUUCCUGUGGUCGAGUGGGAGGACUACGAGCAGCAGGUGAAAGAAGGUAGGCGUCUGAUUUCCAUCGCAGGGGUCGUGCAUGACGUUGCGGAUUUCAUCGCUGAGCAUCCUGGUGGCGAGGCGUAUAUCAAAUCUGGCAUUGGCAAAGAUGCGACGGCCAUGUUCCAUGGGGGUGUGUAUCACCAUCACAAUGCUGCGAAUAACCUCCUAGCUGGUAUGAGGGUUGCUGUGAUUCGGGGUGGAGGAGAGGUGGAGGCUUGGAAGACACAUAGGAGAUAGGAGAUCUCUGUCUUGUUCGUGGAGAUGAAGUAUGGUCAUUGAAGUGAAGUACUUGGACAUAC